ACACAUCUUCCGUCUUAUAGAAAUCGUUCGUUUGGUAUAGGAAUACCACAAAGACUUCACCUCCCACUUAUUUUUCUAAGAGGACUCAGUCUAGUUCCUGCCAUUUAUGGGCUUUAUUCAAUUUCAGAUGCUAAUAAUAUAGCAGAACGAAAUGCUGGUGGUAUCUUUGAACUCAGAAGUACUGAAUUAGACUAUUGGCUAGGUGCAAUGUGGUGCUGUGUUGCUGGUAUUUGGAGUUAUUGGUUAGCUGAUGGGUUAAUGCAUAGAUGGCUUUUUUAUUACGAAGUCAGUAGUGCAAUUAUUCGAUUGAUUUCGUUACAAGCAAUAAAUUGGGUUAUAACAGCUUUAGUAAUCUCACAUUAUGGACCCGAUGAACCAGUAUGGUCAUGGCUAGUAUGUAGUUUAGUGCUGGCA